AUGGCGCCAUCCGAAACCAUUUACGACGUCAUCAUAAUCGGUGCGGGCCUUUCGGGCAUCUACAGUCUUUACAAUAUCCAGAAACAAUUCCCAUCAUGGACGGUCAAAGUCAUCGAAGCUGGCAACGGAGUUGGCGGAACCUGGUUCUGGAAUCGCUACCCGGGGGCAAGAUUUGAUUCCGAAUCAGUGUCGUAUCAAUUCUCGUGGGACAAAGAUCUUCUUGAUGAGUGGCACUGGUCAGAAACCUUUGCACCGCAAACCGAGACACUCAAGUAUAUUGAGCGAGUCUGUGAUAAACACAAUCUGCGUGAUGCCAUGCAAUUCAACACCAGAAUCAAAUCUGCUACUUGGAAUGACAAUGAUCGCACCUGGAUGUUUAUGGACGAAGGCGGGUACGAAUAUCAAACCCGGUUCUUUAUUAGCUGUCUUGGUGUUCUCUCUUCGCCGACACUCCCCGCCAUUCCCAAUAUCGAAAACUUCAAGGGCCAAUUAUUUCACACUUCAAGAUGGCCAGCAGACCUUGUUAUUAGUCAAGACUUCACGGAUAAGCGAGUUGGUGUGAUUGGAACCGGGGCCACGGGCAUUCAAACCAUCACCGAGCUGUCGAAAGAGCCAAGCCUUCGAUCGCUUCAUGUCUUCCAACGCACUGCUAAUUGGUCUGCCCCCCUCCGCAAUACGAAGAUCACUACUUCUGAGAUGAAUGAGAUCAGAAAGAACUACGAUUCAAUCUUCCAGCAAUGUCUUGAAACUCCAACUUGCUUCUUACACAAAGCGGAUCCCCGAAAAUCAUCCGAUGUUUCUCAAGAGGAGCGUCGUGCUCUUUGGGAGAAGCUUUACGCCGAGCCUGGAUUCGGCAAAUGGCUCGGCACAUUUUCUGAUACAUAUACCGAUCGUGAAGCCAACAGGCUGUAUUCAAACUUCAUGGCAGAGAAAAUUCGAGCUCGAUUGGCUGAUCCCAAAAUGGCCGAGCUUCUCAUUCCAAAAGAUCAUGGAUUUGGACUCCGACGCGUGCCACUCGAAAGUGGAUACUUUGAAGUUUACAAUGACCCUAAAGUGAACUUGGUGAAUCUUCGUGAGACUCCCUUCGAAAAGGCAACCGAAAAUGGUCUUAUUACCUCUGACGGCAAGGAACAUGAACUCGAUGUCAUAAUCUGUGCCACUGGUUUCAACGCCAUCACUGGUGCAUUUAGUGAUAUUGAAUGGAGCGGCAAGGACAAACGACCGUUGCUUCCUAAUCGACGAUUUCCAGAGGAAGAAAGAAAGCGCGCCAUCUGGAAGGACCAAAAGCCUCGCACGUUCUUGGGAAUCAUGUCCAAUUCGAUGCCAAAUAUGUUCACAGUCCUUGGGCCACACCAGCCUUUCGGAAACAUUCCAAGAAGCAUUGAACAUGCAGUUGAGGUCGUCAUGGAAAUGCUGAAAUUCUGCCACGAUAACAACUAUUCCUACAUCGAACCCACUCAGGAGGCAGUUGACAAAUGGACUGAUCAUGUUGCCGCCUGUAGUGAAGGCUCACUUAUCAAUGAAGUCGAUAGUUGGUUGACGGGGGUCAACACAAAUGUGGAUGGAAAGACCGAGAGAAUUGUAGCAAGAUACACAGGAAGUGCCAUUGAGUACCGGAAAAUGUGCAAAGAACACGGACUUGCAGGUUGGAAAGACCUCACUGUGGCAUGA